ACUUAAAAAUAAGUAAAUUACUAAAAUGUUGAGAAAACCUUAAUAAUUCAUAAUCAUAGAAAACAUAUGUCGUUUAAUUAUAAAAUAUAAUUUGGCCGGAAAACCUUGCAGAGGUUUACCAUGCGUUAAAGUAAUUGUUACAACUGUCGUAACAGAAUGCACAUACACAUACGUAACACGCCGUGGAAGAAUGUUUUCAUUACAUUUUCUUGAAAGAAAAACUUUUAUUUUUUAUCAAUUAUUGAAUCUGAAAUGAAACUUAUAGGUGCUUUUGUGGAAUGUAUAAUACUGAGAGUUUUCUUAGAAAAACUUACUGUAUAACAGCGUACAAGCUUAUUAAUAAACAUUUUUUUAAAAUAUCUGUGUGUGCCGGUCAGAUGUUUGCUCCGUGUGGUACUGUUAAUCGUACAUUAACAACCGCUUUAAGAUGCAAGCGACGAGUUGUCGUAACAGGAAUAGGAGUAGUAUCUCCUCUUGGAGUUGGUGCACAAAAUGCCUGGCAAGCACUUAUUGAAUCUAAAUCAGGCGUCAUCAAGUUAUCUGAUCCAGAAUACGAAAAAUUGCCUUGCAGAGUUGGUGCAUUAGUACCCAAGGAUAAUGAACCUCAUGGAUUAGAUAUAAAUAAACAUUUCACAAAAAGUGAUUUACGGACAAUGUGUCCUGCUACUGCAUACGCCUUAAUAGCUACAGAAGAAGCAGUGAAUGAUGCAAAUUGGACACCAACAGAUGAAGGAGACAAAAGAGAUACGGGUGUAUCAGUAGGAAUUGGGAUGAUAGAUUUAGUUGAUGUAUGCACGACGUAUGAAGCCUUAAAAAAGGGAUAUAACAAAGUUAGUCCCUAUUUUGUACCAAGGAUUUUACCAAACAUGGCUGCAGGGCAGAUUAGUAUUAGAUAUGGUUUUCGUGGUCCAAAUCAUUCUGUAUCAACAGCAUGUGCAACAGGAGCACAUGCAAUUGGUGAUGCAUUUCGUUUUAUCCGUGGUGGAGAAACCAGUGUUAUGAUAUGUGGUGGAGCAGAAGCAUGCAUUAGUCCUCUUGCUAUAGCUGCUUUUUGUAGACUCCGGGCAUUGUCCACUAGCAAAAAUGAUUUUCCAUAUGAAGCUUCACGACCAUUUGACAGAGACAGAGAAGGAUUUGUCAUGGGAGAAGGUGCUGCUAUUUUAGUGAUCGAGGAAUUAAAUCAUGCUCUUGAAAGAAAGGCUAAAAUUUAUGCAGAAGUAUUGGGAUAUGGUUUAUCUGGAGAUGCAGCACAUUUAACUGCGCCUAGCGAAGAUGGCACUGGAGCUAUACUAGCUAUGGACCGAGCUGUGAAAGAUGCUGGGAUAGAAACUGUAGAUAUAACUUCUAUUAAUGCGCAUGCAACUUCAACUCCCCUAGGUGAUGCUAUUGAAUUAAAAGCAAUAGAGUCGUUUAUGGGGCAACACAGUAAAAAUGUGACUGUCACUAGUACUAAAGGUGCUCAUGGACACUUAUUGGGGGCAGCUGGGAAUUUGGAAGCAAUCUUUACUAUUCUAGCAAUAAAGAACGGUGUAAUACCUCCAACAUUGAAUUUACAUAAUUUGGAUAUAAAAACGUCACUAAAUUUUGCCCCUAACAUAAAGAAAUGCUGGAACGUGGAAUCUAAACGAAUAGCCUUGAAAAAUGCUUUUGGUUUUGGAGGAACAAAUGCAAGCUUAUGUUUUGCAGAGUACAAUGAAUGAAUCGACCAUUAGACUAACACUAUUUUCAAAAAAAGGCAUAAUAAUGUACGACAUAAUAAUAACAAACUAGUCACUCCCUAAUGUACAUAAAUAAAUACAUGCAUUUGCAUUUGAAAUACA